AUGCCUCCUCCAAGAAUCCCCACGGAAGCAGACUUCUCCCCCAUCUCCUCCGUCCUCCCCCACAAACUCCAUUUCCCCUCCCCGCCCGAAUCAACAACCUCCAUCCUCAUCCUCUUCCACGGCCUCGGCGACCACGAAUCCCCCUUCGCCACAUUCGCCCGCAACAUGUCCCUCCCCGGCGUCCUCGCAAUCUCCGUUCGCGGCACUGCCCCCCUCCCAGCAGCCUUCCUCCCCGGCGCCGGAGACCAGCAGCAUUUCCAUUGGGGUGAUGACCUCAGCGUCGAUACUAACACGGGCGAAUUGGACUCCGACCCGGGCUUCGACAAGGCCGCGCGGUUGGUCAUGCAGAAGCUCGUCAAGGACACGCUGAUUGACCGGUGCGGGUGGGAGAUGAACGACAUCCUGCUUUUCGGCUUCGGGCAGGGCGCUUCCUUGGCGCUGGGAUUGGCUUCCCGACUGCGAAGUGUAGAGCGUAUAGUCGACAUCUCGGAUGGUGACGAAGCGACGAGGGGGAAGAUCGGAAAGACGUGCAAGGGUGUCGUUUCGAUUGGUGGACCGCUGCCGCAGUCCAUGGUUCCCUCGUUGAGCAGCCGAGAAAAGAGCAAUACUCCCGUGCUGGUGUGCCAGCUGGAUGAGGACGAGGCAGACGCCGUCAAGAGGGAGUUUAAGGAUGUAAGGGUCGUGAACUGGAAGAGAAAGGAAGUGGCUAUGCCGAGGGACAGAGACGAAAUGUUUCCCAUUAUGAAAUUCAUCGCGGACCAACUGAACAAGGGCUUCACAUAG